AUGGCCCAUCAUCGCGCCACGUCAAGCAUCUCCGGCGCAGGGGCUCAUGCGGUGAGUCUAAAGGUGCUCCGCCUUUCUCGCCCUCAACUCGCCAUUCAGACUCCUCUCCCGCGCACGCACUUCGGCCACGAGCUCGACAUCCCCGCGGUUGCUUCGCUCGCACACCCAUCCAGCGGCGUGGACUCGGACUUCCCCCUCACUCCGCUACUCACUUUGCCGGCGGCAUUCGGCGCGGCCUAUGUGGGUCAGACAUUCACAUGCACGCUGUGCGCGAACAAUGAGCUCCGAGAUGGCGACAACAGGAGUGUGAGCGGGGUGAGGAUUGCUGCGGAACUGCAACGGCCCAACAGUGCGGCUCCGUUGGCUCUGCAGCUGGAGAGCGCAGGCGAGGAUGAUGGGGCGGUGGAUGUGACACCGGGCGGCACACUGCAGAAGACGCUACAGCAUGAGCUGAAAGAGGAGGGGCAGCACGUGUUGGCGGUCAGCGUCACGUAUACGGAGACGCUGCACGGCGAAGGCGGGGGAGAUAUUGGGGGAAGGGCGCGGACGUUCCGCAAGCUCUAUCAAUUCGUGGCACAGCCAUUGCUCACGGUGCGGAGUAAAGUGACGGAGCGCAAGAGGAGCGGGGGCAAGGGGGAAAGACAAUGGGUGUUGGAAGCGCAGCUGGAGAAUGUUGGGGAUGCAUCGGUGGUGCUGGAGAAGGUGGGUUUGCAAGAGCGAGCGUGUAUUGGGAGUCGGAGGAUGAAUGGCGAGGGAAGAGUGGUGCUCAAGGCGCAGGAUAUCGAGCAAGUCAUGUUUCUCCUCAGCGAGAAGGGGGAGCACAUGGAGGAGCAGAAGGAGGCGGAGGAGGCAGAAGCAGCGGGGCCAGGCCGUGUUUCUUUGGCACAGAUCCAUGUCGAGUGGAGGUCGGCGAUGGGCGAGCGUGGCGUGACGACGGGCUGGCUGACAAGCAGAGCGCGAUGA